AUGAGACAUCCUUCAAAACCCAAGCCGACGUUACGUUACCCACCGACCCUACCCAGUACCCCCACCCUCGCCGCCGCCCUGAGGAGACCCUUCCCCGCCCUCGCCGCCGCCGUAGCCUCGCCCGAGCACCCCCAGCAAGCCGGGGACCCCCCGCCCGUACCGCCGGGACACCCCCCACACGUCCCUCCCCCAGCCCCACGCCCCGUCAGAGCCCCUUUACCUGCCCCUCCGGACACCCGACAGGCUCCGUGCUCCGUGCCUCCCCGCCCAGCGGCCGCCGCCGCCGCCCCCACCCCCGGGCCGGCCGGGCCGCGGGAGCCCGGUGCAGACACCCGCCGCCGCUCCGGCUCCGCCGCACAGCCACUUCCGGGUUCCCCGACGCAUGUGCUCUCCUCCAGCGUCCGCCACCCUAUGCGUCCCCAGCCGGAAGGAUUUGACGAGAGCACCAAGGCAGGGGCCGGAAGUCGGGCUUGA